GUCCACCAGGCCCACCUGGACCUCCAGGCAAACGGGGGAAACGUGGUAAAAAAGGAGAUCAAGGCGACAAAGGAGAACCAGGUAUUAAUGGCAUUAAUGGUGAGAAAGGUGCUCCCGGACGGCCGGGUGAUAAGGGUUCCAAAGGUGAUGUAGGUCACCCCGGAAUUGAUGUUUUCCAAACUGUUAAGGGUCUUAAAAGAUCGGUAACGACAUUACAUGGCGGUACCUUAGGUUAUGCUGAAAUUGUAGCCGUUAAGGGAGAACCAGGUGAACCCGGUCCCCCAGGACCACCAGGUCCACCUGGUGAGAUGGGAGUACCCGGUACAAAUGGUGAAAGAGGACCUCCGGGCGAAACAGGGCCACCAGGACCACCCGGUCCAACAGGAGAACCCGGACCAAUGGGACCAGCAGGAACACCAGGACCUGCCGGAUUAAAGGGUGACAAAGGCGACCGUGGCGAUCGUGGUCUUACCACAACAAUCAAAGGUGAUGAAUUUCCAACAGGCAUUAUUGAAGGUCCACCCGGACCUCCAGGACCACCAGGAUCACCUGGAACACCUGGAGAAAAGGGUGAUACAGGACCAGCUGGACCACCAGGACCUCCCGGAGAAAAGGGACCACGAGGCAAGAGAGGCAAAAGGAUAUUUGGACCAGGCGGUGCCAAAGAUGAAGAUUAUGAUGAUCCACCGGUAACAUUGUUAAGGGGACCUCCAGGUCCACCUGGCAACCCUGGCAAGGAUGGUCGCGAUGGCAGAGAUGGUGCGAAGGGUGAAGCUGGUGAACCCGGCGAACCUGGCUCUUUAGGUCCCCGUGGUUUAGAUGGUUUACCAGGUGAGCCUGGCAUAGAAGGUCCACCUGGUUUGCCCGGCUAUCAAGGACCACCCGGUGAAAAAGGUGACAGAGGUGAUAUUGGGCCUCCUGGUCUAAUGGGUCCUCCUGGUUUACCUGGACCCCCUGGUUAUCCUGGCGUUAAAGGCGAUAAAGGAGAUCGAGGUGACUCAAAGUACAGAAAAAUGCGUAGACGUCAAGAUCAGGAUGGUAUGUCAGAUGCUCCACAUAUGCCCACCAUUGAAUAUUUGUAUGGUCCUCCUGGACCUCCAGGUCCUAUGGGUCCUCCCGGUCAUCCUGGCCAGACAGGUGAAAGAGGUUUAGAUGGCCGUAAGGGAGAUCCGGGCGAGAAGGGACAAAAAGGUGAUCAAGGACCUAUGGGUUUACCGGGUCCUAUGGGUAUGCGUGGUGAUUCCGGACCAAUGGGUCCUUCCGGCAAAGCUGGUUUACCGGGUCCACCUGGUUUAGAUGGCAUGAAGGGAGCUCAGGGAGAAACUGGUCAAAAGGGUGAACGUGGUGAUCCAGGUCUACCGGGUACUGAUGGUAUACCCGGUCAAGAAGGUCCUAGAGGUGAAAAAGGUUCUAGAGGUGAUCCAGGACCACCAGGCAAAAGAGGACGUAAAGGUGAUCGUGGUGAUAAAGGUGAACAGGGAGUACCGGGAUUAGAUGCUCCCUGUCCCUUGGGAUCCGAUGGUUUACCAUUACCAGGCUGUGGUUGGCGACCACCUAAGGAACCGGUUAUUUCAACUCCGGUCCAUAAAGAUUAUUUACCCGAUGUUACGGGUCCUGAAAGUAACAAUGCCAGCGAUUAUGAACAAGAAGAGGAAGAUGAAGAACAAAAUGAAAACGAAGAUGAAUACGAUGAAUAUCAAGAUAAUUUACACAAUGAUUAAGGCAAACUAAACAGACUAUUAACAAACAAAAUAAAAUGAGCAUUUAUGUAUUUUAAACGAGAAGAAAGAAAAACUAAAAAGUGCUAAAAGCCUUUUAAUAAUAACAAAUAUAAACAAAUUUAAUGCAUUGUACACACAACACACAUACGACAGAAUAACAAAGCAAACACACUGCUUCUCUUCAAGCACGGUUACCUUGUAAAAAUGGCUAUUAAACCAUUAGCACCUGCCAUUCUUACACCUUUUACUUAGGAAGGUGACAUUUGUAAUUAACAAUAUAUGUAUCUUUGUGCUAAAAUUGAAAAGUGUUUACUUUCACUCUAAUGGAUUUCAAAAGAAGCUGACAGCAAGCAAUUAUGAUGUAAUUUACACUAUGAUGUAGUCUAACAUAAAAUGUACACACACACACACAUACACUCUCGUAACUUUUAAAGUAGUUUUACUAAUAUUUAAAUUAAAUAUUAAAUAAUUUUAUUGAAACACUAAACAUAACGCACCAGAGCACCUAUAGAAAACGACGGUUUUUCUUUAUAACACAAUUUCAAUUGGUGGCGGCUGUAAUCAUGCUUUUAAUAAUUUGUAAUUUGUUUAUUUUGGUGGCAGUAAAUUUUUGAUUCUAACAGUAAAGUAUUAAUUAAAUUUUUUUUUUGAAAGAAGGGUAACGAGGAAAUGUGGUUAUUGUUGUAACAAAAAAGAUUUUUGUUUUAAAUCAUGUUUAAUUUUGAUAUUGUUUAGCAAUUAGUGCAAAUUAAAUGGAACUCAUGGGAUACACAACAUUUCAUUGUAUUCACAAGAAAGGGCAAUUGUAUCGAAUUUAAUUUAUUUAAAUAUUUAUGUUAUUUUAUUUAACAAAACUAAGUUUUUAGAAGAAUUAAAUAUGUUUAAAAAUAGUUGUCCCAUUCACAAUCUUUGUGUCA